GCUCCCAGAGCGUUGCCGAGUGGUUCAAGACUCAGUCCGCCCAUAUCCAGUACUGGGAUAUGUCUCGGUUCGACCCGGCAUCGUAUGCGGCGGCCCAGAACAGCGCAAGGUUCAAGAGCAUUGUCACUCGCAUUGCCUCAUUCGCAUCGAACAGCUUCCAGCAGGGUCUGUCCGCCGAGGUAGGUUUGUCCGGGGGCACGCUCACAAGCACGAGCAUCGGGUCACCCUUGAAGGGUGGUGAGUACGGGAAUGGGAGCUAGCUCGCUUGUCGAUCUGGAGGGUAACGAGCAUAUCGUCGACGCAUUGGCACGAUACGAAUCGAUAUCUACAGGCAACCCUGGGCAGCCUGCUGCAGCCCGACGACCCUCUACUCAGUCUCCUGAUGGUGCUUGCGCUGUUUUGCGAGCUGUAUCCGUCCAAGCGAUACGAUUUGGUGUGGACAUUCAGCGCACCUGGUGCAGCCUUUGCGCAAAGCGACAUUCUUGUGCCGGUCUCUCGACACCAGACCUUUGGUUUCCUGGUAGACCGAGUCAGCAAGGAGAUUGUGGACCCAUUCAGCUUCUACGGCAAAGCCCCCGACCAGCUCGGCAAGGUGACGAGCUUUGUGCCCAAGUGCAUGGACUGCGAUGCGGACGGCUCGGUCACCUGGUAUACAUGCGGUGAUCUGCCCAAGCUCUGCGAGUUUUUUGAAUCGUACUACACCUCCCAAGGCCUCGGUCGAACUAAGGGGGCAGGGAGCAAAUCAGGGAACACUCUUGGCCCCCAAAGCAAAUCGGCUAAUGCACUCAGAGACGAUGAUGGGGGCAGCGACAGCGACAGCGACGAUCGCACCGGCGACGGUGAUCAGUCCGAGGACGACGACCGGAUCGACGACAAUGGCCAGAAUGAGGAUCACGACGAAGAAGAAUCCGACGGGGACACUGUCGAGGAUGAUGAUGAGGGUGCCGGCGAUGAUGCAGACAACGGAAUCUCAGUUCAGACGGUCCCGGUGCCCAUUCCGCGCCAAGCAUCUCAGCAGACGCCCGGCCAACCCAAGUCUGCUGCUGUCGCUGCCGCCACGACUUCGAAGCCGCUUUCGCAUCGGAUUGCCGUCGAGGUCGGAAGCGGCUUGGUCCUGCUUUUGGCAUUUUUUGUGUACUUUUAUGCAUCUGGUUGGGCGGGUCGCUGAAGCAGCGCCGUGGCAUUGCGCACCGGGGCGCAUUGAGUAUCCCAAAUAACAUGAAUCGCUCUCGAGACGAC